AUGUCGCCCCCAGAGAAGAAGGCGAAGACGGGCGGAUACAAGCUCUACUAUUGGGGCGGCAUCCCCGGGCGCGGCGAGUACAUCCGCCUCGCAUUCGAGUACGCCGGCGAGUCGUACAGCGAGAUGAACACCGCGAGCAAGCUCCUCCCGACGAUCACGGACCCCGCCAAGGUCGGCUACCCGCCGCACCUCGCGCCGCCCGUGCUCGAGCUCCCCUCGGGCCGCUUCCUCUCGCAGACGCCGGCGAUCCUGAGCUACCUCGCGCCGAAGUUCAAGUUGGCGGGGGAGAAGGGGAGCAGGGUGGUCGAGGCGGGCCUUAGCGAGGAGGAGAGGGAGGAGGCGGAGGAAGAGCGGGCCACUGUGAGCCAGCUGACGCUGACGGCGCUGGAUAUCUGCAACGAGGCGCACGACGUGCACCACCCGAUCGCGUCGGCGCAGUACUACGAGGACCAGAAGGAGGCGGCGCUCGCGCGUGCGGAGGACUUCCGCAAGCUGCGGAUCCCCAAGUUCUUGAAGCACCUCCAGAGCGUGCUUGCGAGCAACCCCGCCACGGCCGUGGGCGCGAAGACGUACCUGGUCGGAAAGCAGACCACUACCGCUGAUCUCGUCCUAUUCCACGUCAUUGAUGGGCUGCUGUUCGCUUUCCCGAGGCGCAUGGGCGCGGUGAAGGAGAGCGGCGAGUAUCCCGACGUGUUUGCGCUGUACGAGCGUGUGAAGGGAGAGAAGGGUAUCAAAGAGUACAUCGCGAGUGGGCGCAGGCAGAAGUUCAGCUUGGGUUUGUUCAGGCACUACGAGGAGCUGGAUGCUGAGGAGUGA